AUGGCAUGGACAUUGGUCACGCCAUCGUCGAGGGGAAUAGGAUUCGCGUUGACGCGCCAUCUUCUACGCACUUUACCUUCUAGUGUGCCCGUUGUCGCAACGGCACGGUCGGACUUACAAGGGACGAAGGAAAGGAUCCUGUCAGAUAUAGAGUUAUCUGAGGAUCAAGCGUGGCGUCUCGAUGUGCGUGAAUGCCAUCUGCUUGAAGAGUCAUCCAUCUCCGACUUGGCAGGUUACUGCCAGGACAGGUAUAAUGACAAGUCGAAGGAGGCCAAGGCUCACUUGAGGCUUGCGUUCAUGCUUCCUGGUAUGCUGUAUCCUGAACGGGCGCCGGACAAGAUCGAAUAUGACUCGGCGCUGGAGACAUUGAAGCUCAAUCUUCUGGCGCCGAUGAUGUUGGUGAAGCAUUUCUCUCGGUUUCUGCCACGCAAGGCGACGAAGCUCGAGGCUUUGUCAGGGCUGCCGGACUCGGCGGUUCUUGCACUAAUGAGUGCUAGAGUGGGCUCAAUCGGCGACAAUCGAUUGGGCGGUUGGUAUAGUUACCGCUCAUCCAAGGCUGGAGUCAACCAGCUUGUCAGGUCGACUGAUAUACAUUUGAAAAUGCAGAGUGGGAAGAACGCCAUGUGUAUCGGAUUGCAUCCUGGAACGGUCAAGACCGGCUUGAGUGAGCAGUUCUGGGAGAGUACGCCAAAGGAGAAGUUGUUCAGUGCAGAGUUCAGUGCAGAGAGGUUGAUUGAGGUGGUGAAUGGGGUGGAUGAGAGCGGAAGAGGGAAGUGCUGGGACUGGAAUGCAAAGGAAAUACCUCCCUGA